AUGUCGGCUGCCCCCACCAGCGCGAGCGGGCCGCAACAGGCAUCCCCACCACCAGCAACAUCAUCACAACCACAGCCCCCGCAACAACAACAACCACCCACCACCACAGCACCACAGGCCGAUGUCGGCAACCUCCAGUCAGUCCUCCACCUCGAUGUCGACACAGCCGCCAACAGCGACGAUGACUCUGCAUUUGAUAACGAGUCCUCCGCCUCAACGUCGCUCGCAUCGACUAUCCUCAACUAUGAAUACUUAAAUGGCCGCCGCUACCAUGGAUACCGCUCGGGCGCCUACAUCCUGCCCAACGACGAGCAAGAGCAAGACCGGCUUGACCUCCAGCACCACGUUUUCCUACUCAUCCUCCAAGGCAAGCUCUAUGACGCACCCAUCUCACCCUCUCCCCAGCGCGUGCUCGAUAUUGGCACUGGAACCGGCAUCUGGGCCAUUGACUUUGCCGACGAGUUCCCUGGCGCCGAAGUAAUCGGGACCGACCUCAGUCCCAUCCAGCCAACAUGGGUCCCUCCAAACGUCAAGUUUUACAUUGACGAUGCAGAGUCCGAGUGGGUCUAUAGCCCCGCAGAGGCUUUUGACUACAUCCACUGCCGUAACAUGUCUGGCGGCAUCUCCGACUGGGACAAAUUCGUGCGCCAGACGUUUACCCACACUAAACCCGGUGGCUGGGUCGAGUUCCAGGAGCCGCUGGCGCAGGCCGAUUGCGAUGAUGGCACCAUAGACAUGGCAAAGGAUUUUUUGCAGUGGCAGACAUUGUGUCAUGAUGCCGCUGCUACUUGGGGGAGAGAUAUUCGUGCGGGCAUAGGCAUUAAGCAGCAAAUGCUAGACGCGGGAUUUGUCGAUGUACAUGAGAAGGUUGUCAAGAUCCCACUCGGCCCCUGGCCCAGGGACCCGCGCAUGAAGGAAAUUGGCCGCUAUCAGCGUGAACACAUGUCCAUGGGUGUAGAGCCCUAUACUUUGGGCCUCUUGGGCAAAGUAGCGGGCUGGACCGAAGAGGAGUGCUGUGUCAUGAUUGCCCGUGUCGUAUCCGACGUUAGGAGAAGGGACGUACAUAUGUACAUUAAAUUCUACUUCGUCCACGGCCGCAAGCCCGACCAUAGUGGAGCUAGCUGA